AUGCCCGAAGCUCAACGCUUUAUUGCCGAUCAGAUUCCCGCAAGACCUUGCGUCGGCUAUGCCGUGGAACUUUGGCUUUGGAAGCUUCCUUGUGAUAUUGUCUCGGGUGGUGAGGAGGUUGGGAUGUGCCGCAUUACCACAAAACCGGGUGAACCUUCAGGGCUGGCCGAUAUCUCAUCUAACCAAUCGGGGGAUCAGUUGGGUGACAACAAAGGUGCGGAUAAUGCCCAAACUUUCAGGAUCCAGUACCCUGCAUGA